AGUAAGGGGGGUGACGUGAACUGCGCAUGAGCCUCCCACUACUCCGGUGGACGCUUGAUGAUUCGUUGGCGAGUUUUGUUGUGCUAAAUCAAAUAUCAGUUCCGUGUAGUAUCCAUGCUGGCAUACUUGUUAAAUACGUAGAAAAUGGGUUUACACGAAAAAUGUAUUCUGAAAAAUUGCAAAAAUGCACGGAGAUUUAGUGAAAAAAGUGGCGAAAAACAAGAAAAAAAAGUGACUUAUCAUCGUUUUCCAAAAGACAAACAAAGAAGGCAGCAAUGGGCUACAGCACUACACUUGAACCAAUACGAAGUAACAGAUGACCAUCGAGUCUGUUCAGAUCAUUUUUUUGAAAAAGAUUUCGACAACAGUUUAUGCGUAGUGAGGCUGCGAGAAAGUGCGGUUCCAUUUGAGACCUUUCAAAUAUCGACUGUGACACCAACUGUGUGACUGUGCUAUAUAUUAAUUGUAC